AUGCGCACAAACAAGGAAUGUCCCAUGUACGGAAAGAGUGGUACUGGAGCGGUUCCCAGUGCUGAUCUGCCCACCUCUCGUCGUGGUCUGGAUCGAUCUCGCGCACGUGGUGCCCCCGGAUCACGUGGUCAGUUGGACGGUUUGGCCAAAUGUGAUGCGGAUGCGAUUGCUGCCGCUCAAGCUCUGGCAUCUCGACCCGUGUGCGAAUUGUUAGCCGAACAGGAAGAGCAAGAGGCUGCUGAGCACAAACACGGUGCUGCUGGUGGUGGUGGUGGUGGCGGUGGUGGCUCAACCGAUGCUGAGGGGACAUCUCAGGAUCGACUUCAUGCUGACGAGUCACGUGACUCGACCAGUGCUUUCGGUGAAACAGAUAUGACGGUCGAAGGUACCAAAUUGAAAUUGCACUCGAAUCUUACGCGGUAUAUUCAAGAGCAGAAUCGUCGCAAUUUGAAAUUGAAAAUUCAUCGGCAAUUGUUGGAUCGAUUGAAUGCUGCAUCCGAGAUGGUUCAAUCUGCGACCGCUCAUCGUCGUUCGCUUGCUUCACGUCAAGCUGCCGCAGCUUCUUCCGGUGGAUCUGGUCGUGGUCGUCGGACCAAUCUGAUAGACGACGAAUUCCCCACUGGAAUCAAGAAUCGCGGUAAUCGUCGAAGGAUCGAUCCACGUGUGGCGCUCAAUCACAUAUUUGAAGGAAUUUACAAGGUAUGCUCGAUGGUCACUUUGAGCCGUCUCAUUUCCAUUGUAAGAGUUUGUAUUAGCUAA